AUGCACAGAGGAAGCUGUCUGCAUGUGCUCUCCGGAGUUCCCUUCGUAGAGGAGGAUAUUCCACAAAUCUCGCGAGUUUCACAAAUAAUUUUCGUUCAUGAAACUGUACCUCUCCUACAUGGGUGCACCUUGCUUAUUUCGCAGGCAAAUGACGCAACAAGGAGUGCUGAGCGUUUUUUUGACCCUGUGACACUCGUCGAGCACGGGCUACCCCGACAUCGGAGGUCACACGGAUUACGCCACCGUAGGGAAAGGAAUUCGAACUGUUCGCCGUUUGAUCACAGAAUGAUGCGGUGCAGGUAUUUGUCCCCAGCGUACAUUCCUGCCAUCGCAUCCCUCAUUCUGGCCCACGUACUGAAUGGCUCCCAGGUUGUCUGCUUCCUCCAACCAAGAGGCGACCGUCUUGGACAUUGGUUUCAAGAAACGACGUCAUUUGCCUAUACGUACAGGUCCCCGCAAAUACCAUCGGCUUCACAUUUGCUUCAGUCAACUGGCAGCUCCCUAGGAGGCACCGGUCCAGACUCGAAAAGUACAGUCCAGGUGCAGCGUCUUCUGGCCUUGGACAGUGUGUUUGCUGGGAAAUAUGCGGUGUGGUGGACAAUAAGAGAUUUCCGACGGAAAUGGGCAUGGCGACAAAGACGUGACCGCGCACCUCCACUGCGAACCAGCCGCUUCCCAUUUGCAGGAAUUAACUCAGUGCAGAUGCAGUUCUGGCCGUCAGGAAACCAGUCUGCAAAGCCAGGGUUUGUUUCACUUGCAAUUUCUAUUCCGGAAUGCUGGAAGGAUUUUCACUACCCAAUAAACAUGUAUGUAGGAGGGUAUAAACGAGGACCCCUCUGUCUGCAUACUUCGGAAUACUUCAAGGUUGCUAAUUCAUUUUGCCGUCUGCAGGAUUUACAGCUGGAUAACGAUCAGGUGACAGUGGGUUUUGAAAUUGAUACCUCACAAGCGGCCGACCGCGGCAGGAGCUAGGAGCAGAGUUCGUAGUCGGACCUCUGUACGUUUUUCUCGAGUGUUCGGCGAUUCUUCCGCUGUUGAAAGCAGUCAGACUCUCGAAAACAUAACAGGUGGAAAGAUAAACAAAAGCGGUAGUGGAGUUGCGGCAUCAUGUGACCAGUCGCGGAAUGGGUUUGUUUCGCCAGCCGUUAUUUGCGAAGUUUUUUGAACGAUGCCACCCCGCAAUGGCGGAGAUUGAGCUGUCUAAACCCUUCAGACGAGGGACACGGUCCCAGACUAACAGUUACGUUUCAUUCAUCAGGAGGUGACAGGCUUCUCACUUUCGAGCCACGUUCCUGCUGUUCAAUAGUGCGAGUAUGACGGGCCAGUCUCACCUCAACUAUCCUGAAGCUUGCCACCUGGCAGUGUGCCAGGUGCGUUUCGUGGUGUCAGCUAUUGUCAAAUGGCAAGCCGGUCACGUAGUUCGGACUUAGUCAAGCCGCCAAAGAUAGCGUCAGUUCCACUGACACAGUUGUUGAAACACGAUAAAUUGGCAGGGUCUAGUUGGUGGAUUAGUCUAGGAAUUUUCGGUAGGGAACCCCAACGUGAAGUUGCUCCAAGGACAGAAAGUGACAGGCGCACAGAGGGCAGCUUUGUCGUUGUGCAUUCUUGAUUCUCGACAGAAUUCACAGAACUCCGACAGGGUGAGAUGGUUGCCAUGCUGCUGAACCUGUUUGCUGUUGAUGCAAAUGCUGGUAACAGUAUUCAGUUACAUAUUGGAAUGGGACUGUGUGUCAGACGAACAGCAGGUGGAGCCAGCACCUCUCCGUAGGGUGCAUCGUUCACGGUAGGUGCGGAUGGUCCCCCCCCUUGUCUGUAAAGAAAUUACCCAUGGCCGCGAUAGCUGCUGAGGCAAGAGUGCCUGAAUGGGUUCCUGUCAUCAAUCACCAGUACUCGUUGGUUUGGUAGAACUCUCGAGUGCUGUCAAAACGACUGUACUCGUGGUUUCAUUGCUUGCGACUGCCUCAUGCCGCGGACAGCACUGGUGCAAAAGCAGCAGGCGUUCGCUAAUCUGGA